GACAUUGGUUAACGAGGGUAUUGAUAGUAGUGCACUCAUAUGACAUUAAAUGUACCCCCCCCAAGAGUGAGCUACGGGCCAUAGCCUAUAUAUUAACGGUCAAUGGGACGGGCCAUGGAUGUAUUAAGAGGACAGUAUUGCCGGAAGUAGUUGUUGUGGGAGGUGUCAUUGCACCCUGCAAGUGGCGAGUGGUGAAAUAACACAAGACAAAAUGUAAAGUGACCAGUCUCUCUGUUACUUUACGGUUCGGAGCAACAAGCCGGGCUCUUAAAGGACCGUGUGAUGUCGCGGAGACACCAGGAAACACAAGCGACGCAGUGCUAACUUCCUGCUACGCUAACAGCGAGCUAGCAAAGGAAGCAGCCAUGGCCGAGGCCGGCGCCCACCUGACCUCCGCCGCUGGGAGCCAGCAGCCGUCCAUCUUCGAGCUCCUGGCCCAGGAGUCCCUGAUGGAGGCGGUCCGGCCGGCGCUGAGACACGCGGUCAAGGUUCUGGCAGAGUCCAACCCGUCCCGUUUCGGGUUCCCGUGGCGAAACUUCGAUGAGCUCUACUUGCUACUGGACCUGCUACUCCAGAACCACUUCCUGUCUCACUGCAGCGCCUCCUUCUCCGAGAACUUCUACGGCCUGAAGAGGGUUCCAGGAGGGCGAGGUCCUCCCGGUCGCCUGGGGCUGCCUGCGAAGUCCCACUGGCGCUCUCUUCUUCUCCUGUGCCUGGUGCCGUACCUGCGGGCCAAGCUGGAGGCCAAGCUGGCGCGGCAGAGGGACGAGGAGGACUUCUCCAUCCGGCUGGCCCAGAGCCGGGGCCAGAGGCUCUACCGGGCGGCCGUGGCCGCGUACCCCUACGUCAGCUCGGCCUGGCAGGCCUGGCUCUUCGGCCAGCAGCUGCUCUUUGUCUUUGGAGUCGCCAGGACCCAUAAUCCCCUGCUGAUGCUGGCCAGGGUCAGACUGGCACGACUCAAUGUUGAAGAUAUCAGAGACAUGGAGCUGAAGAGCAGCAAAACUGGCAACCCGGCUGGAGGAAGCCUGCUGCAGAGAGUGUGGUGGUUGACGUCUCAGGCAGCGCGGGCCGCGGCCGUGUCCCUCUCCAGCUCCCUCUCGCUGGGCGUCUUCUUCCUGCAGUUCCUGGAGUGGUGGUACUCAUCAGACAACCAAAGCACGGUGAAGGCCCUCACCUCGCUGCCGGCUCCUCCGCCCCCCCUCCACCUGCUGCAGGACUCCCCACCCGCCUCGGCCAAUGGCAGCGGAGACAGCAGGAACUGUCCGCUGUGCCGGAAGCUUCGCACAAACGCCACGGUGCUGUCCACCUCAGGCUUGGUCUUCUGCUACCGCUGCGUGUACGUGUACGUGAAAGCCAACCGCCGCUGCCCGGUUAGCGGCUACCCCACCGAGCCGCAACACCUCAUCAAGAUCUACUCCCCGGAGAGCUAGAACACAGCCAGCAGCCUCGCAGAGAGAAAGGAAGUGGCCUUGUAUGAAAGGGGCUCUCUAAUGUACAAUGUUUGGUAAAUUGUUUAGUGGUACCAGCUGAUUUGGAUGUGAUGCUUUCUCCGCUCACAUAACCAUCAAAUAUUUAGAAAUUCAUUUCUAAACUGUUUCCAGCGUGAUAUUAAAGACGUUCCAGUACAA